UAAACAAAGACCAGCAUCCGAAGAAGACGAGAGGAUCUACUUCCUCAGGCUCGUAGAGGGCCGUGACCGGUAUUAAACCUAUCAAGCUUGUCGAUGAAUGCCUGAUUUUGAUCGGAGGCUGGUCCGGCCGGAUUUUUUUCAUCAGCAUACAUUCCAAUAACAAUGCCUCAAGACCGCCUGAGGGCCCACCACCCCACUCCGCAGCUCUCAAGAGAGGAUGCGAAUGCCAUCUACAUGAUUCCUUCUUGUUCUACGGGCUCAGAAAUUCCUAAAGUCCAGUCCCCUCGGAAGUUCACCCGCAAAUGGCUUAAGAACAUGGCUGUCAAGGCCGGCUUUGCAAAGCGCAAGCCGGAGGUGUGGGAUGAUGAUUACGUUCCGCCGACGAUCGAAGAAGCAGAGAAGGAACUGAAGAAACGAAUUUCCAAGUUUCAUAUCAGAGAAGAAAGGUUGUUGAAGUUUGGCAAGAAAAAUGAGAGGCCAGCGGCACCACCCAAGAAUGAGCAACAACCGGCAUUGGCAGAGGAGGAAGAAUCGUUGAUGAGUAUGAUGGUGAAGCUGCUGCAGCCGAAUGGAGUCGAUAUGGUGAAGACUCCUAAAAAUAGCCCACCGGAACGGCGUCAACUGCAUUCAACUCCUGCUCAGCCGUUUACGGUAGAGCGACUUUGGAAUUGCCUGCCUCAUAUCCCAGCCUGGCUCACCUACGUCUGGAAAUUGGCAUUAGUCACAUACGGACUUUAUAUUCUUUCCAGAAUCGUCGCGCUCAUUGAGGAUGUGGUCGGCACAUGGCGUGGGCUUGUGGGCAUCUGGGGAAGCGUGCUGAAGUGGAUUUUCUGGAUCAAGUGAGAGCGAACCAAAAAUAGAGCUUCGACAUAAACUUGAGUAGGAUGGACUGGCAUUUGCAGCGUGUACGAGUUUCAUGGGCUUUUUUCCUUUGGGCAUUGGCGUUACUAAGGUGUACCAGUAUUACUGCGUUGGGUAUUCUAUUCUUCCAUGUAGUCCUCGUGGCUGACAUCCUGCUCCGCCUUAAUGACACUCAUGCACU